AUGGCGUUCUUGUUGGGACGCAGGGGCAGAAGGCAAAAGGAGGAGGCCGUCGAGCACACCCGCAAGGAGGUCAAUUUCUGGAAGCAGGAGCUCGAGUACACCGUGGCCGAGAAGAAUGCUUGGAAAGAGAAGUUCUUCGACGCUUACCAACAAAACGACGCGCUGCGCCAGCAGUCAAAGCGCCUCGAGAUGGAGAAGGCGCACGCAGAGUGGGAGCGCGACCGCCUCGCGGCGGGCGGGCCGGGGCAGGGCGCCGACGCGGCGGCUGCUGCGCGCGGCGCCCCAAGGUCGGAAGGCUCGCUGGCGUCGGGCUCGUCGUGCCCCUCAUCCCCGGAGCCGCCGUGCCUGCAGCGCCAGCUGGCCUCCGCGCGCCAGCAGCUGCGCCAGGCGGACGUGCGCAUCGCGAUGCUGGAGGAGCGCGUGCUGGCGCUGCAGCACGAGCGCGACCUGCUGGGGCGGCAGUGCGAGCUGCUGACCGCGUCGGAGGCGGCAGUGCAGCAGGAGGUCGUCAUGACACGCAAGUACAUGUACCCUGGGUUGUUCAGCCCCAUGUAG